AUGUUCCAGAUCCAGGACUGCGUGAAGUACGUGGAGAAGAAGAGGCCAAGUCACAUCCAUUUCCUCGAAGCCCACCCAUUCCCCGAGGCCCUUCCGCUUCCGCACCAUUUGCUGCUCGGAGUUCGUGUGGACGAGCCGCAUGGCGGCGAACAGAAUACGCCGGACUCCACCGACGACACUGGCGACAAGCCUCUUCGCGCCGUGGCUUCGUCGACCGAUUUGGACACGCUGGGUGAGGGCGAGGACAACAGCCAGCAGACGCCGAACAAGGAGGUGAAGAAGCCGGUGAAGGGCGAGACGUCCGACGAGACGCCGCAGAAGCCCCAAAAGACCGGACGCCCCCGUCCGGAGACGCUCGACUUCAUCCAGGUGGAUGAGAAUGUCGACCCAAACCCGGCGCUGCCCACCCCUCCACCGAACAGCCCACAGCCGCCGGCGGUCGCUGUUGCCAGCGAGUACCUGUUUCUCCUGCAGGAGCCCACCGACAACAUUGGCGACACGUCUCUUCACGACGUGGCUUCGUCGGCUGAGCUGGCCACGCAGGGCCCGGGCGAGAGCAAGCGCUCCAACAUGCAGAACAUCGACGUCAUCCCGCUCGAGAUCCCAGUGACCCUCAUCCACCCCAAGCUCAACUCUCUUCAGGCCGAUGAGAAUGAGCAGUUCAACGCCAAGCAGGGUAACGAGGAGGUGCGCAAGGACAAGGCCAACGACAAGAGCAACGACUUGGACAAGCAGGACGGGACC